AUGGCAGCAACCACCUCCACAACCUUCUGCAACUUCAAUUCCAGAGGAAAUUCCAUGGGGCCGAGGGUUCGGUCCUCGUCGGACCAUGGCUCCCAAGGGUGCACAACAAAACUCGAUGGGGUGGCUAUGUGGCUCAUCAAUGGCUUCACCUCUGCAUUUUUUGCUUCCUUGGAACGCUGUUCUUGCAUCCGUAUUUCAACUCAUGAAGAUGAAUAUGGCUAUGAAGCCAAUAAUUUGCCACUGAUUUUCAAUGACGGAAAUGUUGGAGAUGACGGUGUUAGGCGGCAGAGACAAGAAAAGUGA